AUGAAGCGCAGUGUCUCGUCAGACUAUCCCUACCCAGACGUUACCCUGUCACGCAGAGCCACCUGCCGCACACGACAACCAUCCGACAGCGGCUUCUCAUACGGCCGGCCGGACUCCCUUCCUUCACCAUCCAUCAGUCGUGCUGUGUACUCUUACACAGACUACGGUUGGGACAACUACGACCGGGACGACUACGGCCAGGACAGCUACGGCCAGGACAGCUACGGCCGGGACAGCUACGGCCAGGACAGCUACGGCCAGGACAGCUACGGCCGGGACAGCUACGGCCAGGACAGCUACGGCCAGGACAGCUACGGCCAGGACAGCUACGGCCAGAACAGCUACGGCCAGGACAGCUACGGCCAGGACACUGGCGCGUGCAGCAACCCCUCCUAUAGCCCUGCCUCAUCUGGCCACCAGACGGCCGACGAGGACACUGGCCCCGCGAGACAACGGCAUCACGGUCGUGCCUCGACACAAGGGGACUCGCCGAGAGCAUCCCUGACAAACGGAGAUGACGUUGUCUCGCCGACAAAUUGGGCGCACUACAUAUUUCAUCCCACAGACGACGGCGGCUACUGGAAACUCCGGCCAGAGUAUGCGCACACGGGCGAAAGCCCAUCCAUACCUCAUCACAAAUCCAAAAGCAGGACGGCCGACUAUGACAGCAACGAGGGGGACGAGUCGGCCUCGGGCUACGUCUGCAUGUGGUCCGGCUGCGACGCCAAACACUUCAAACGCCAGGCCGACCUCCAGCGACACUACACGCAACGACACGUCAGCGAGAAGGCGCGCGAGUCCUGGCAGUGUGACCACAAGAAGUGUGCGCGCAGCGCAAAGGGGUUCGGGCGCCUCGACCACUACCGCGAUCACCUGCGAGACUACCACAAGGAGGACGUCUGUAAGCGCAACAGUCCCGUCGACGACGAGUGGCUCAGGUCGCGCACCUAUCACGCGAAGUGGUGGCGCUGCUCCCGAUGCGUGAUCCGCGUCGAGGUUGCCAAGCACCCGGACCACGUGUGCCCCAAGUGUAAGGCGGGCUGCGAGGAACAGAGGAAGAGAGCGCGGGGCCUGCGGUGA